UUGGUGCUAUUUGUCCUUUGUAAAAGAAGAAUGGCAACGGAUCCACUAUUUGGUUGGGAUUUAACUUUUAAGACAGUCGAAAAGGUUGUGCGCAGCAAAUCUGAUGUGUUAAUAGCUUUUAUCCAUUGGAAUAUGAUAAAAAGAGGUUUCAGAAGUAUUGGAAUAGGAGAUGAGCGAACACUUACCGGUGAAGAAGAAAAAAGUGAACUCUUACCAAGUGGCUGGAAUGAUCAAGACAACUAUACGUUAAGAUACAUUUUGGAGGAUAAACUAUAUAUUCUACAUGGAAUUAACACUGACGGCAAUAUAAUUAUCAACCUACUGAAAUCAGAAGAUUUAGCUGUAUCCAACUUAGCAAUUAAUAUUGAAGAAACUGUAAAAUCAACAAGUGGAAAUAUUGAGAAAUUAAUACCUAACCACAAGGAUCUAAUGUUUAACAUAAAAAGAGACCUUAUUGAUGUACUUACUGAAAAAGCAACCACUUCUGCUCAAACACAGACAGCAAGCGAUAAUCCUCACGACAGAAGGCCCGAUAGUGAUCCCUUAAGAGUGCCACCGAGACCUUUACCAGGUGUGCGUCCAGACAGUCACGACUUAUGGGAGAUGCCACCUGCUCAACUACCCAAUGUUGGACGAUCAGAUUUGGAUCCCUUUGCACCUGGCGGCGGUGGAAUGAUUUUCAACCCGUUCGGACCUCGAAGAGAUAUUGAAAAUCCUGGAUUAGGUGUCCCGGGCGGGCUACCAAGAGGAGCGGUUCCACCGGGAGCACGAUUCGACCCGUUCGCACCACCGGGCGUCGGUCCGAUGCCGGGCCGCCGGCCGCCGCCGCCCGACGCCGAUCAUUUCCCGCCGCCCGGCUUCAACGAUAAUAUGUUUAUGUGA